CAUCAACCAUGUUUCAUGUUCGGUCCCUGCAUUUGGGCCUUCCUUUCUGGUGAGUGCGCCCGGGGCCUUCCCUUGCCAGUCACGGUGCUUGCACCGGUCCAAUCUCUUUCAAGCUGUCGCCAUGGCCGGACAUCCCCGAUGUGGGCCGGAGUUUUGGCACGAAGACCGAGCAGCCUGGAGGAGGAUCCCAGAGGACAUCGAGGUGCAAGAAACCCCGCGUCCUCCGCCGCCCGAUGACGAUGCCACUCCAUCGCUACCCUUGGAAGGCCAUGGGCAGACUGAAGAGUUGACGCCUGCAGAUCGGAUGAACCUCCGCAGCUGCCUGGCCGCCACUGCAGGCCCUUAUCCACCCUUGAGGCGGCGCUUUCCUUUGAGGGUCGUCAUCCAGGCGGCCGUACAGAUCUGGGAGGUGGAAAGCCCCUUGCUGUCUGAGCAGGGCAGCCCCAUCACGCGCAUGGCCAAUGCAGCCAGGGAGAGCACCCAGGACUUCCUCGUAAGAACGGCGGCCGCGGGGUCGAGCUUCGUGUCCUGGGGCCAAGGGCUCUUGGGCUCUGCAGCCAAGGCCUUUGAUCAGCACUGCCGACCCAUGUCCUCAGUGCGAGAGCGCAAGGACAAGACCUUGGUGGACUCUCUCCGAAACCGGGGAGGCAUUGUCAUGGAGCCUGGUGACGAGACGAGAGCGGUGACGACCCUCUGAAGACGAAACGAUCCUUUCGCCGGCAAAAUGAAUGGGAUGGAGGCGGUGGGGAUGGAUUGGAAGAGAUGGUUCAUAGGAUUGGACAGACCCUCAAACUCGAAGCCAGAUGUGGGUUGCCAUGGCAUGUGAACACCCCGGUGCCUUGGUGAAGGUGGGGAGUACCACAUCCACCAUCCAGCCCUGCUAG